AGCUGUCAGCGCCUCGUUUACAUUGGAAAUGCUAGGUCGUUGAUUUCGCCAUUGGACAUCACCUACACUUUUUGCAUUUUGGCAAACUCCCAACACGUAUCUUCUUCGACAGCGUCAACUUCACCCGGUUCUGCACACCGACUCUCAUACACGCGGCCGCUUGUGCCCUUUCCCCUCUCCUCCAGUCGCCGUGUGGACGAGCCCGGCCCGGUUUAUCCUUGAGACGUUGACGCAGAAUGUCUUGUUGCGGCGCCGCAAAAUGGAAGCGAGAGCACAUUGAAGACCACAAAUUUGACCUCAUUGAUGUGGAGGACUUUGUGGACAACUCAUGCUUUACUCAACUAGAGUACAUAUGGGUUUUUGUCAUGACACUCAAGUCUGUCCUUGUAUACAUGGCCGAUUUGGGUGUCGUUUUGUUGCUCAUCAUCACCGCUGUGGACAAGGGGCUGGACAAAGUCAGUCCGCAACAGCUGGUUGGGAACGAAAAUUCCACCAAAGAGUCCACGCUGCCGUUGUCGAAUCAAGUCCGCUUUUGGCUCAUCAUGGCCACUGUAGUUUUAUCGUACGUUUUAUUGGUCGUUGAAUGGAAAAAAGCCAUGGCGAUUGUCAAGUCUCGGGACAUUUCUUACGCUUUUACCAAUACUGUGGCCUAUCGAUACUAUGUCAUCCGAUCAUAUCCGCACUUUUGCUUGUUUGACAAAAUCGAGGGAUCUAGGAAGCCGAUUGAUCGACUGGCUUUCUGGGUGUUCUUCACCUUUAGAGGAUGGAAACGUCUUUUCCUUGCCGACUUCCCACGUCAGCUACUCAACUUUUUCCUCCUCUUUGACGUGUACAAGGAUACCAUGAAUAAUCCUCCACCGGGCGGCCCGAGAAACAAUCCGCCAGGGUUCUGUUUAACCGAUAGUAACGGGGCACCAAGCAUUAAUACGACAUCAUCAGGAGGCUUGUGUAAUGCCCCGACGGACGUCAAUGUCUUCGAAGCAGCGGGAUAUUUGAUGAUCAAUCAGCCACAAAAGGUUCCAGCCGCCCAAAUUUGGCUUUCGACGCUUACGGUGGCCAUUUGGGGUAUUUCGGCGAUUCAACUUGUGGCUGCCUUCUUCAUAUAUGUUCCUCUAUUGUUCAAUAUUCGAGGCAAUUUAAAAGAAUAUUGUUGUCACAAGGUCGACAAACGUAUCGCGGAAGUCUUGCGCAAAAAGUCGAGAAAACGAGCAGAGCAGGCGCGAAAGAAGGAGCUCAAAGAGAUUGCAAAGUAUGGAAAGAGCUCCCGUCCCGCACCUACACUACCAAGUGUCGAUGUAGACUUGAUAAGCCAGCCAGCCGAACAGUAUGCAUAUUACGAGGACAAUAACUAUGGCAGGGAAACUGCGGCCCUUUACGGACCUGGGUCAGAAUACUAUCCGACGGGGCCUGGAUCUGCGUACGGCGGUAGUGGCUAUGGGCCGCAACCACCGCUUCCGAAUCCGUAUGUUCGUGCCCUGGUUCACCCGAGCGGUCGUGCCACGCCACCGGGAGUACCCGAUAUGAGAAUGGUAGCGAGUCCACCUCCCAUGUCGUAUGAUUAUGAUGGUCAAUCAAAUUACGGUAGCCAGGCUGGCAUGCGGUCAGCCUACGGUUACCAGCAGCCCCCACCUCAACGACCGCGCGACUCGACUGUAGAAUCUGACUAUAGUGGCUUUGUGGCGCAAUAUUCGGAUAGUGGCUCAAAUUAUGGCGGAGGUGGCAGUGAGUACAGUCAACCGCCGCCAAGGAUGCCGAGUGAUCGGUAUCGACGGGAUGACAAUGGUUACCGAUAAGGGAAGUCAAGUAGUUGGAUUUCGACGAGGCUGAUACGGAAUGCUACCUUGUCUAUAGAUGUAAUGGUGGUUAGAAAUUGAAGAUGGACUCGGAUGUUACAUGCCAUGUAGGAAUUAGAGUGAUUCGGUUGGGAGGUUGAUUUGUAAAAUAGUGUUCCAUAUCGUUUUUUACUAUGUAUGUUUUGUAAAGCCAUUUGAUUACGUCACAAUCGUGUAUGUCAAAGUAUCUAGGCUGCAUGGGUUCAGAUAACGGCAUGGAUUGUUCGAAGUUAAUGGUAUGCUUAGUGUAUUAGCAAAAACAAAUGUCAGUG